AUGACGAAAGAAGAGUCCAUCAGCACGCAAGAAGGGUCCCUUGAGGUGGCUAAGCCCAAAUCUCGAUGGAGCGUCAAGUCCCUCUUUGUCCUCCAGAACGUCCCUCCUCCCAAGGCGUCGCUCGAUGAUGCUGACCCAAUCCCUGAAAUUAACGCCAACUGGUUCAGUAUCUUGACGUUCGGAUGGAUCACCCCCCUUAUGUCCUUGGGCUAUGCUCGCCCGCUCGAGGCCACCGACCUCUACAAGCUUCAGGACAGCCGUGCAUCUGCGGCCAUUGCGGAGAAGAUCAUCAAAUCCUUCGAGGCGCGCGAAGUCGCCGCCGCAGAGUACAACAAGCGACUCGACGCAGGAGAAAUUGGGCCCGGCCUCAAAGGUGUGUGGUGGUCGAUUCAGGGGAAGCGCGCAGAACGCGAGAAGCAGUGGAGGGGGAAGGACGGGAGGAAGGAGGCGAGCCUCGUCUGGGCGUUGAACGACAGUAUCAAAUGGUGGUUCUGGACAGGCGGGCUGCUCAAGCUCGUCGCGGAUGUCGCGCAAGUGUGUACGCCGCUGUUGGUCAAGGCUAUCAUCAACUUUGCCACACAGUCUUACACUGCCCACCUCCAAGGGCGUCAACAAGAUGCUCCCGCUGUUGGUGUCGGUAUCGGGCUUUCCGUCGGCCUCUUGCUUCUCCAGGUCAUAUCGUCGCUUUGCACCCAUCACUUCUUCUAUCGCGCCGCAUCUACCGGUGUUCUGCUUCGUGGAGGACUAAUUACCGCCAUUUACGACCGCUCGCUCAAGCUCUCUUCUCGCGCUCGUACGACCCUCACCAACGGCAAGCUGGUCAAUCACAUCUCCACGGACGUAUCGCGCAUAGACUUCUGCUGCAGCUUCAUGCAACUCGCCAUCACUGCCCCGGUUCAGGCCAUCGUCUGCCUCAUCAUUCUCAUCACCAACUUGGGUCCUUCUGCGCUUGCGGGCUUUGCGUUCUUCGUAGUUAUGAGUCCCUUCCAGACCCUCGCUAUGAAGCAGUUUAUCAAGCUUCGGCAGAAAUCUAUGGCGUGGACUGACAAGCGCGCGAAGCUCCUUCAGGAGCUACUCGGGUCCAUGAAGAUCAUCAAGUACUUUGCUUGGGAAAUCCCUUAUUUGGACCGCAUUGCGGAGUUGCGCGCAAGGGAGAUGGGGUACAUUCGUUCACUGCUCGUUAUUCGGUCUGCAAACAACGCCAUUGCUAUCUCGCUCCCGGCACUGGCCAGUGUGCUUGCGUUCGUCGUUUACUCGGUGACCGGACACACACUCAACCCGGCAAACAUCUUUGCCUCUCUCACAAUCUUUAACCUUCUCCGUCUGCCUCUGAUGUUUUUCCCCCUGGCCUUGAGCUCCACCGCCGAUGCAUACAACGCCUGCCAACGCCUGCGGCCCGUAUUCGUGGCGGAGACUAUCGCGGAGACCAAGCUGAUCGAUGAGAAGAUGGAAAGCGCCAUCGAGGUCGUCGAUGCGGAGUUUGCUUGGGAAGGCCCUCCUCCCGAUGAGGCGAAGGACAAGAAAGGCAAGAAGGGCAGCAAGAAAGACACCGUGGAGACCACGCCAGCUGCUCAGAACUCUGCUUUCAAGCUCAAGAAUGUCAACCUCGCCAUCCAGAAGGGUCAACUAACUGCCAUCGUCGGCCCUGUCGGUUCAGGAAAGUCGUCCCUGCUCGAAGGCAUGAUUGGCGAGAUGCGUCGCACCACGGGAAUCGUCAAGUUCAACGGCACCGUUGCGUACUGCCCGCAGAGCGCCUGGAUACAGAACGCCACGGUCCGCGAGAACAUCAUUUUCGGUCGCCCGUUCGACGAGGAGCGCUACUGGAAGGCCGUGCACGAUGCGUGCCUCGAGGCCGACUUCGAUCUCCUCCCGAACGGUGACAUGACCGAGGUUGGCGAACGAGGCAUCUCGCUCUCUGGUGGUCAGAAGCAGCGCAUCAACAUCUGUCGGGCCAUCUACGUUGGCGCGGACAUUCAAAUCUUCGACGACCCGCUCUCGGCGCUCGACGCACACGUCGGCAAGCACGUCUUCCAGAACGUCUUCUUGGACGCGGAGCCGGGCAAGACCCGCGUCCUCGUUACGCAUGCGCUCCACUUCCUUCCUCAGGUCGACUACGUGUACACCGUCGCUGAGGGACGCAUUGCGGAGCACGGUACGUAUGCGGAGCUUAUGGCUGCGGAGGGGCACUUUGCCCAGUUCGUGCACGAGUUCGGCAACAAGGAGAGCGAGGAGGAGGAGGAAGAGGAGGCCAUAGAGGAGGCCACCGAAGGCGAGGAUGUCGAGAAAGACGAGAAGACAGAGAAGAGGAAGGCGCAGAAGGGUGCGGCCUUAAUGCAGGUGGAGGAGCGCAACAUGGGCUCUGUUAGCAGCAAGGUGUAUGGGGAGUACAUCCGUGCGGGUAAAGGAUACGUCAUCCUUCCCUUGCUUGUCCUCUCGGUAGCGCUGCUACAAGGCGCGCAAGUCAUGUCGUCGUACUGGCUCGUCUACUGGCAAGAAGUCAAGUGGAACUUUGGCGACGCGUUCUACAUGGGCAUCUACGCCGCGCUCGGUAUCUCACAAGCUAUCACCUUCUUCAUGCUGGGCGCGACUUUCGCCAGUCUCACGUACUUCGCUUCCCAACGGAUGCACAAGGAUGCCAUCUGGCGUGUCAUGCAUGCGCCCAUGUCGUUCUUCGAGACCACUCCUCUCGGUCGUAUCAUGAACAGGUUUUCCAAGGAUAUCGACACUAUUGACAACACCCUCGGUGACGCCAUGCGUAUGCUCGUGGCCACCUUCGCGAACAUUAUGGGUGCCAUCAUCCUUAUCGCCAUCGUACUCCCCUGGUUCCUCAUCGCCGUCGGCGUCAUCUCCGUGGCAUACAUUUGGGCCGCCAUCUUCUACCGUGCCAGUGCCCGAGAGCUGAAGCGUCUGGAUGCCGUCUUGCGGUCGUCGCUGUACAGCCACUUCUCUGAGUCCCUGUCAGGCCUGGCGACCAUUCGUGCCUAUGGGGAGACCGAGCGUUUCAUCGUCGAGAACCGCACUCGUGUCGACAUUGAGAAUCGCGCGUACUGGCUCACCGUAGCGAACCAGCGCUGGCUCGGUAUUCGCCUCGACAUGAUGGGCAUCCUCCUCAGCUUCGUCGUCGCCAUGCUCACUGUGGGCACCCGCUUUUCGAUCUCGCCCUCCCAGACCGGCGUCGUGCUCUCCUACAUCCUCUCCGUCCAGCAAGCGUUCGGUUGGCUUGUCCGCCAGACCGCCGAGGUCGAGAACGAUUUCAACUCGGUUGAACGCCUCGUGCACUACACCCUUGAACUCGAGCAGGAAUCCCCGCACCUCAUUCCCGAGCGGCAGCCGAAGGCUCCCUGGCCCGCCCAGGGCACGAUCGAGCUCAAGGACGUUGUGAUGAAGUACCGCCCAGGGCUCCCGGCGGUGCUCAAGGGCAUGACGAUGUCGGUCCGCCCAGGCGAGAAGAUCGGCAUAGUGGGGCGUACUGGCGCGGGGAAGAGCAGCAUCAUGACCGCGCUCUUCCGACUCGUGGAGCUCUCGGGCGGGUCGAUUGUCAUCGACGGAGUCGACAUCUCGGCGAUCGGGCUGGACGACCUGCGGAAGGCAUUGGCGAUCAUUCCACAGGACCCUCUUCUUUUCUCCGGCACGCUGCGCAGCAACCUUGACCCCUUCGGUGUACAUGACGACGCGCAGCUCUGGGAUGCCCUCAAGCGUGCCCAUGUUGUCGAAGACAGGAAAAUUGAGUCUGCACCGCAGUCGGUGGAGGACGGAUCCGAGGGUUCGCUCACCCCGAUCAACCGCUUUACACUCGACAGCCCCAUCGAAGAUGAGGGUGGUAACUUAUCCAUCGGCCAGCGCUCGCUUGUCUCCCUUGCCCGUGCUCUUGUCAAGGACAGCAAGAUCAUCAUUCUCGAUGAGGCAACUGCUUCCGUCGACUACGAGACCGACAGGAAGAUUCAGGACACGAUCGCCAACGAGUUCGUAGACCGCACCAUCUUGUGCAUUGCUCACCGCUUGCGCACGAUCAUUGGCUAUGACCGGAUCUGUGUCAUGGACGCAGGCCAGAUCGCCGAGUUCGACAGCCCGGCGAGCCUCUACCAGAUACCGAACGGUAUCUUCCGCAGCAUGUGCGACCGCUCCGGGAUCACCCUCAGCGACAUCAAAACGCUCGAGAAGGCUAAGGAGGCUCUUUGA